GAUAACCGCCUGCACGUGGAGCAAGGACCUGCGGUCAGUCGGUCGGGUCUGCGAGCCGAGCGAGUCGUUUGCACACUUCCACUGGCAUUUACGCGAUAUUCCUGGAAAAUUAAAGUUUUAUUGUACAAUCCGAGAAGAUGAAUUCUUUAAGCGAGUAUGAGAAGCAACGGUUGAAAAAUAUUGAGGAGAACAAACGCGUUCUUGCGAGCUUAGGCCUUGCUCAGGGUUUCCUGCCAAAGACAUUGCCACAGAAACAAAACCUUUCAGGCCCUAAAGGUUCAAAAGGAGUCAAACGAAAACGACAAUCAGAGGACAGUCAUCCCAAGAAGGCACCGCGGAAUGAGCUAGUGUUGGAUGGUGACUGGUCUGGUUAUAUGACCAGGCGGCGAUCUGGAAGACUUAGGGGAAUGGAGCCUGGAAACUUUGAAGGACUGGAUAUCACAGAAGACUAUGAGGAAGAUAAACCAAGAAAGCCUGUACCACGAAAUAGAGAGAAUGUGUUUGGAAGCAUCCCUGGUAUUGCAGUUGGGACGUGGUGGAGUACACGUAUGGAAUGUUCAGCUGAUGGUGUUCAUAGGCCUACUGUAGCUGGCAUCCAUGGCAACGCUGAAGAAGGAUGCUAUUCUCUUGCACUCUCUGGAGGCUAUGAGGAUGAUCUGGAUUAUGGUGUGUGCUUUACCUACACUGGUGAAGGUGGCAGGGAUUUGAAGGGAACAAAGUCAAACCCAAAAAAUCUGCGCACAGCCCCCCAGACGAAAGACCAGACGCUAUCAAGAGGUAACAUGGCCCUAACGAAGAAUGUAGAGAAUCAUUGCCCUGUGAGAGUUAUCCGAGGAUACAAGUUGCACAGCCAAUUUGCACCAGAAGAAGGCUAUAGAUAUGAUGGUUUAUACACUGUGGAGCGCUACUGGCAGGCUGUUGGCAUGAGUGGCUUCAUGGUCUACAAGUUUGCACUAAAGCGGUGUGGAGAUCAAGCGCCCCCUCCUUGGGAAGAGGAAAACCCAGAGGGAGACAGUUCAAUGCAGGAAUAUGAAGACAUGUCAGGCACCACAGAGGCAGGUGAAAUUCCCAACACAAGGGAAGGGCUGUCAGUGAAACUGGAGAAUGAGGACGAAUUGCCGGACGGUGAUGGUGUGACAGUACAGGCUGACGGGUUGGCCGAAGAAAAGGCUGAUGGGAUUGCAGAUGGAACAAAGGCUGAUGGGAUGGCAGAUGAAACAAAGGCUGAUGGGAUGGCAAAGGAAACAAAGGCUGAUGGGAUUGCAGAUUUAACAAAAGCUGAUGGGAUUGCAGAUGUUACAAAAGCUCAUGGGAUGGCAGAUGAAACAAAGGCUGAUGAAAUGGCAGAUGAAACAAAGGCUGAUGAAAUGGCAGAUGAAACAAAGGCUGAUGGGAUUGUCAUAGAUGGAACAAAGGCUGAUGGGGUGUUAGAUGGAACAAAGCAUGAUGGAAUGGCAGAGACAGAAAAUAAUGGGGAAAAAGAUAGGGUGUGAGAUGGAGCAAAGGAUGAUGGGAUGGGAAAAGGAGCAGAGGAUGAUGAAAUCCCAGAAAGAACAAAGGAUUAUGGAAAGGAAGCAAGCAAGACUAUUGUCAAAAAUACUAUUGUGAAUGAGAUAAAAACUGUCAAUUUGGAAACAAUAGAGUUAUUGUGUAAAACAAAUGUGGAGGUGGCAGAGGUAUUGACCACUGACAAAGAUUUAGAAGUCCAUCUAGAUAACAGUAGUGAUGGUGAGCUCAGAUAGAUUAUUAUUGUAACAGCCAAAGUAAAUACUUUUUAAAUAAAAACAAAGUUUUAUUUUAAACAUUUAGACUAUCUAAGUUUGUAAAGUUUUAAUAAAGUGUGACUAGCUUUUAAAGGUGUAAAUAAAGAGGUAAUAACAUUAAAAAAGUAAGGAUGUUA